AUGCUGCGAGACACUUGCGCUGCGGACGAGGAGUGGGGAGUUGUUAUCCUGCGCUACUUCAACCCCAUCGGGGCGCAUCCGUCAGGCCUACUGGGUGAAGAUCCAAAGGGGAUACCAAACAACCUUAUGCCCUAUAUCACCCGAGUUGCGACGGGGAAGCAGCCUCAUCUCAAGGUGUUUGGUAACGACUAUCCUACCAGGAUGGGGGAGGCAAGGAGGGAAUACCUGCCCGCCAUGCAUCUCUCCAGGGCCCCCCCAGACCAACUGUCUUCAGGCUUCACAGGAGCAGAGGCCUACAACCUCGGCACCGGCGUCGGCGUGACUGUGCUGGAGAUGGUGGAGGCGUUUCAGCAGGCCAGCAGCUCCCCCGUGCCCUACACCAUCGAGGGAAGAAGACCAGGGGAUGUCGCCAUCUGCUACGCAGACCCGUCCAAGGCUCAAGGAGACCUCAAGUGGAGGGCGGAACACUCGCUUGCCGACAUGUGCAGAGACGUCUGGAGGUGGACAACCAAGAAUCCGGAUGGAUACAGCACGGGGGUGAAGGAGGAGCUGCUAAGGUAG